AUGGGGCCCCUGACUUCAGGGGCAUGGCCGGGGCUGCGCCUGGCCAACUCCAGCAGCCACUGCCUCGGGGAGGUGCAGGUCCGCCUCGGAGCCACCUGGGCACCCGUUUGCGGGGCGCAGUGGGACCAGCAGGCCGCUGAGGCCGUGUGCCGCGCCUUGGGCUGUGGCGGGGCAGAGGCGACCCCUGAGCCUGAGCCCGGGAGCCCCGUGGGCAACACCAGUGUCACCAACGCCACGCGUGGACCUGCGCUCACCAUCUGGUGCCAGGGCCCUGAGUGGAGCCUCUGCGAGGUGGUGGAGGACGCGUGUGGCAUCGACGUGAGCCCAGCCAGCGUCACCUGCACAGAGGCCCGCGCCCUGCGGCUGGUGGGUGGCGGCAGCGCAUGGGAGAUGCUGGAGGGCGGCGCGUGGGGCACUGUGUGCGACGACGCGUGGGACCUGCAGGACGCACACGUGGCGUGCAGGCAGCUGGGCUGCGGCUGGGCCGUGGAGGCCGCGCCUGGCCUGCGCUUCCCGGCCGGCCGCGGUCCCAUCCACCGCGACGUGGUGACCUGCGGGGGCCACGAGGCGCAGCUGUGGGACUGCGAGGGGCGGCCGGGCGGCUACUGCGGCCACAAGGAGGACGCGGGCGUCGUGUGCUCAGAGCACCAGUCCUGGCGCCUGACGGGAGGCGGUGACCGCUGCGACGGCCAGGUGGAGGUGCAGUUCCGCGGGGUGUGGAGCACAGUGUGUGACAGCGCCUGGUACCGGCCCGAGGCCGACGUGCUGUGCCGGGCCCUGGGCUGCGGACUCGAGGUGGACCGGCCCCCGGGGCAGGCUCACUCGCUGCCAGGCAGGAUGUUCUACUCCUGCACGGGGGAGGAGGCCGCGCCCUCUCUCUGCACCUGGAGAUUCAACAAUUCCAACUUGUGCAGCCAGUCGCGGGCAGCCAGAGUCCUCUGCUCAGGUUCCCAGACACCACACAACCUGUCCUCCUCCCGAGGCCCAUUGAGCGUGCAGCCAGCGACUGUCGAAUCUCCGGUGGUGGUGGAGACGGAGGGCAAGGGGUCCCGGGACCUGGUGCUGCUCAUCCCCAGCAUCGUCCUGGGCGUCCUCCUCCUCGGCGCGCUGGUCUCCGUCGCCCUUCUGCUGCUGAGAGUGAAGGGGAAGUACGCCCUCCCUGCGGCCCAGAAUCACCGGCACCUCCUCCCCACCGCCACCCCAGCAGAGAGCAAUAGCUACCACGCCGUAGCCGGCGUCAUCCCCAAAGAAGAAGUUCCCCAGCCACUGGCCCAAGGCCGGGCCGUGUGCCCCAAGGACUCUGACUCCAGCUCCGGCUCCGACUAUGAGCACUACGACUUCAGUGCGCAGCCGCCCAUGGCCCUGACCACCUUCUACAAUUCUCAGCGGUACCGAGUCACAGAGGAGGAGGCCCAGCAGAGCCGGUUCCGGAUGCCGCCUUUGGAGGAGGGACUUGAAGAGCUGCAGGUUCCCCCUGUGCUGGCCGCCUUGCCGGGACCCUGUGCCACAGAUGCCGCCCUGGGGAACCCUCAGCGUCGCCAUGGGGAUGACAGUGGGUCCAGCACAUCUUCCGGCGAGGACUACUCCAACAGCCCCAGCAGCAAGGCACUGCCCUGGAGCCUCCGCGCGUUUCCCCUGGAGCAGAGCCCGGGCCUGGAGCUGGCAGGGCCCCAGAUGCCUUUCCCAGGUGGCGGGCCCCCUGAGGACGACAGCUCCAGCACCUCCUCCGGGGAGUGGUACCAGAACUUCCGGUCGCCACCCCAGGCCCCCUCCACGGAGCAGUUUGAGUGUCCAGGUCCCCCCAGCCCCCAGCCGGACUCCUCCUCCGAGGAUUAUGAUGACAUCAGCGCAGCCUAGGGAGGCCCCGGCCCGGCUCCCAGAGGUCCCCCUACCUCCUGCCACCCAGGUCACCUUCGUGGGGCUGAGGCCUUCCCGGGACGGCAGGACCCAGCUGUGCAUCGAGCAGCGGCCCAGGGAAAAGGCGGGGCCCAGGGGCAGGGACCCUGCAGACUCCGG